UUCCUAGAAUACAUUGUACAGAGAUUUCUACACCCCGCUCCAAGGGAGUAGAAGAUGAAAGAAACUGUCAAGGUGUCGCCUCUGGUUUUCCCCGAAAAAGAGCGAAGAAAAAGUGUCGCUUCAGAAAUCGGAAACGACAAGGGCAAGAACUCCUUCGGCGAUGGUCUCCGUGGCGUGUUCGCCAACUACGCUGAGACGGCCACCAUUAACGGCGUCAACGUCAUCAACUUAGCUAGCAGCUAUAUCGUGAAAGCUGUCUGGGGCUUGCUGCUUGCUAUAGCCAUCGGGGCGAUGAUCUAUCACCUCUACACGUUGAUUGACAAGUUCUUUCAAUACAAAACACACUCCUCUCUAGAGUUGGGCUUUAAUGUGCUGCCAUUUCCUGCUGUCACCAUUUGUAAUGUAAACAUCAUGAGACUGUCACAGAGUGAAUCAGCUAACGACAACAUAAACAACAUUAUUUACGAGGUGUCGUACAAAUCAAUGACUGAGGACGCUCAAAAUCUUGACGUUGAUUUCAACGAUGAUUACACCUAUGAUGGGACCGAUGAUACAUCCGACAGUUCCGGGUCCUUCUGGGACAGUUUCCCCAUCAAUGACAGCGUCACCGAUGAGUCGUAUGCCGCUGAAGAAGCUCUCUACGACAUGGAGGAGUUUGCGGGGACGUGGGAGGCGACUUCUGAGCCAUCAAGUGCAUCGGUGUAUGAGGACGCAUUCAUUUCUGAGUUUAGCAAACUCAACGGAACAACACGCUCAAAGCUUGGCCAUCAGAUUGGCACUAUGUUGUUUCAGUGCUCGUUUGGUGGGAGAAAGUGUGAGAAGAAAAAUUUUACGCUUGUCCAUUCAACCACAUACGGGAACUGUUACACAAUACAGAAUGACAAGUUUAUGUCAAGAACAAGUGGACCAGGGGGUGGUUUGGAGCUGGUGCUAUUUUUGGAAACAGACGAGUACAUACCAGGUAUCACCAGUGGAAAAGGUGCACAGGUGGUGAUACACGAACAGGAUACAGUCCCCUUUCCAGACCAAGAAGGGAUAGCAAUUAACGCAGGGGAACAAACUGUGAUUGCACUAAAACAGAUAUCUAUUGAGCGUCUUGGUUUACCAUAUGGCAAGUGCAACGACGAUACCGAGUUUAAAGCCAAAUAUAAUACCAAAUUCAGACGUAAUUUGUGCCAGAAAAUCUGCCAGGAAAACAAGGUCAGGGCCGUCUGUAACUGCUACGACCAAAGUAACCUGGAGGUGAACACUAUCAUAAAGACUCCAAGCACUCUCAAACCCUGUUCAAAUAAAACAGAGUUGAUUUGUGUUACGAGGCUGAAUUUGAAUGUUUCCAAUGACGACACAUCAUGUGACUGCUCCAGUCCUUGCAGUGAAACGGCUUAUGAAAAAAGUCAGUCCUCUAGACAAUGGCCUAGUGUUGAAGCUGCAAAACUAAUGGUUGACACUAUGUGUAAGAAAAAUGUGAGCACUUGUACUGAUUUGCAUAACAAAGAUCCGUCACUCUAUCCGAAUGACUUUGUCAAGCUCAACAUUUACUUUGAAGAUUUGAAUUAUGAGAAAAUAUCUGAACAAGCUGACUAUGAGCUGACCCAAAUGCUGUCAGAUGUUGGUGGAUGUAUUGGUCUCUGGAUUGGCUUGUCACUGCUGGGUGUGUUUGAGGUCAUUCACCUGACCAUCGACAUCCUGAUGUUCAUUGGGAGCUUUUUGUGCAGGAAAAAGUAGAAUUUACCCUCUGUGUCAGGUUUAACUUUAGAUAUGUGUAAGGUUUACCUUUAGAUAUGUGUAAGGUUUAACUUUGGAUAUGUGUAAGGUUUAACUUUGGAUAUGUGUAAGGUUUAACUUUAGAUAUGUGUAAGGUUUAACUUUGGAUAUGUGUAAGGUUUAACUUUAGAUAUGUGUAAGGUUUAACUUUAGAUAUGUGUAAGGUUUAACUUUGGAUAUGUGUAAGGUUUAACUUUAGAUAAGUGUAAGGUUUAACGUCAGAUAUGUGUAAUGUUUUUUAAUUCACAUCUGCAUGAGGUUAGACUUCAGCUCUGAGUGAGGUUUAACUUCACUUUCUUCAAAAGGUUCAACUUUAUCUUUGUAUGAAGUUUAACAGCAAAUAUGACUGGGGUUUAACUUCUUGUCAAUGUGAAGUUUAACUUCAUGCUUGUGGAGGGGUUAACUAAAUUGCCUGUUUAUAAACAUUGAACCCGAGUGUCUUUUUAAUAAUUCCUAUUUACGCGUUUAUGAUAUUUUUGUUGUGAUAACUGCCAUAAAGAUAUUGUAUUUACUUUUCUAUAUUGUUCAACUACUUUUAUUGGUUUCAACUAUGUGUGGUUGAUGUUUUUUAUUUGAAAAAUAAAUUAUAUGACAUAAAAUAUAAUUGAACAGCAUAUAUAAUUUUGUUUUAACUUUUUAACAUGUAUUGCUCAAAUGAUACAGUUCCAGGAAAACGGCAGCUUUAAUAAUAAUAAAAGACAUUUUUAAUCAACAUGUUAAUCAAGUGUUACAUAUUUUAAAAUCUGAUUAAGAAGUUCUUAAUUUCAUUGAAAAGUAUUUAAAUAUUAUAUAAGCAGAAAAUAUAAAAAUCAAAUAAAAGUAUGCUGUUCUGUCAAACGAUUUUUUUCCCUAGAGCUCUGUAUUGCACAUUUAUGUAAACUUUAAACAUGAAAAUAUAAAUGUUGCUGGUAUUGGUAUUGUGAUAAUUUCUGUUACUAUUUAUUUUUGAAUAUCUAAAUCUGACAAAAGCUCUAAUUUCUUAAAAACCAGACCUAAAUAUGCCUAAAUAAAGCGAUAAUAUAAUUGUAGCUUCAAUAAAAUUUGUAUUUCUUAACUGGUUAUUUGUAUUAUUUUAUUGAAACUACAAAUUUAAUUUAGGCCUACAUUUCAGUUGUGAUAUUCCUAACGUGAAAGCUUUCGACACAUGUUUUAACUUGUGAAGGGCGAUUAAACUA